CUCUUUUCUACUUAAUCCCAUCCACUUUCUCUUAUUCUCUCACUACAUUUCUAUCAUCUCAACAUGCCUACCUAUAUUAUCACGUGCAAAGCAGAGGCAUCCGACGCCGAGUUUCAGGCCGUCAAGGACCACGCUAAGGAGCAAGGCGGCGAGAUUGGACACGAGUACUCAUUGAUCAAGGGCUUUUCUGUUACUUUCCCUGAGGGUGCGAUUCAGAGUCUGGACUCAAACCCGCAUGUGGAGAGUAUCGAGGAAGAUUCUGUAGUUACGACGCAGUAAUUGUCUGCCAGAUAUGAGAUUUUGCGCAGAGCAUGACAUAGCGGAGGACAAACUCAUUAGCAUGUUGCAUCAUGGCCCGGCCCUAUUUGGGUUGUGAAGUAUACAGCUGAGCCUUUACUAGCUAGUACGAGUAUGGAUUUAUGAUACAUAUGUAUAGAGCAAACGAGCUAUAUGUUUCAGAGAAAA